CCGCCCUCACGUGGCUCCCCAGCCUCUGCCCUCGGCCUUUCUUCUGGAUCGUCCGUCUCAUCGUGCCUUUGCCCCUGUCUGUCCUUCGCGGCUCUCGUCUCCCCCCCCCGCUUGCUCCCGGUCUCGGCCUCUGCUCCCAAUCUAUCCUCAUCUCGGUCUCUGCCUGUCUUGCUCUCUUCUUUGUCGCUCCAUGUCGUCUCGUCUCGAUUCUUCCCCAGAGCCAUCGUGCAAGCGUCCGCGGCGACUCACCCUCGGCGUCAGCAUCAACUUCCCGACUCGGCCUGCCCCAACCUUCAACGAUGGGGAGUUUGAGCUGACCAACCAAGAGUCGUUCCGCUUCAAGCUUCGCCACCAUCUGCUGCACAGGGUGGGCGACCUGGGCUCUGGCUCCGGUGGCUCUGUCUACAAAGUGCAACACAUCCACUCCGGAACUAUCAUGGCCCGCAAGAUUGUCACCAUAACGAUUGAGGACGCUUCACAGGCCGAGCGCACCCAGGCACGGGUGUUGCGAGAGCUUCGGAUCCUGCGCAAGUGCCAGUCGCCUCACAUCGUCAAGUUUUUUGGGAGCUUUGUCCACGAGGGCGAGAUCUCGAUAUGUAUGGAGUAUAUGGAUCUGGGAUCCUUUGACCGCAUCUACACCGCCAUUGGCCCGCUGGACGAGCGCAUCGUCUCCAAGGUCGCCUUUGCGGCUCUCGAAGGACUGAUCUACCUGAGCGAGGAACACAACAUUGUCCACAGAGAUAUGAAGCCCAGCAACAUUCUCUUGAACACCGAUGGCGAGGUCAAGAUCGCCGACUUUGGCGUGAGCAAGGAGCUCAUCAACGGCACCAUGGCCCGGACUUUUCUCGGAACACAGCGAUAUCUGCCUCCCGAGCGAGUCACUGGUGGCCAAGAGCACUCUGUCAAGAGUGAUAUCUGGAGUCUUGGUCUGACUCUGAUGGAGCUCGCGACGGGACGUUUCCCGUUCCCUCCCGAGGACCAUCCCCCUCUUCCUUCCAUUGUCGAUCUUCUGAGCUAUAUCGAGGCCGAGCCCGCCCCCAGGCUUCCCGGCGACUUGUUUUCGACCAACUUUGAUGUGUUUUGCCAAAGAUGUUUGCUCAAGGACCCCGAGGAGCGAGCAUCGCUACGCCAGCUCAAAGCGGAGCCCUUUGCCAGCAAUGGCGCAAGUGUUGAUUUGAGGCCCUGGUGCCAGCAGCUCAAGGCCCGAUUUGAUUUUGCAUAGACGGGCCCGCAUGUGCCCAUUGGCCGAGCAUCUCUCGCCGCUCCCCUUCCUCUCCCUCUCCUCCUUCCUCCUUCCUCCUUCC